AUGUACAUGGCUUUUCUUGACCCGCCGAGUUCGGUGCUGCUACCGCACAUCAUGUUUCGAGGACCAGAAUCCGAGGCCAACGAGGCUGCACCUCCCCCUUUUGAGAGAGCUGACAGGAUCAGAGUCAUCGAGCUACAUAAGGUAGAUCGCUUCCAAGUAGAGCUCCCGGAGUGCAGACAAAAUUCGACCAUUUAUACUGAUUAUCGAUCCAUACGUAACAACGCGGUUGUCAGGUUUCUUGCCGCUGCGCCAGACGAGGGCAAGCCACAGACCCUCGAGGCUGAGAGCGACCCGCCGUCAUCUAGACGCUCAACUUCUGAUCGCGUCCUACAAAGAUCGGACGAUUUGGUUGUGGUAUCAGCUUCGUAUCCGACUCUGAGCUAUCCCGAGGCCCCACAAACGACCGAACCGCACCAUCCAAAUUUUGAGAUUCUAUCACGAUCAAGCGCGUCUGCUUUCCACCUUUCGAUGCCGAUGCUGCAGUGCUUUGACCGCUGCCUAGACCCUCGAAGGGUGCUGGGAACGAAUACAAACCGCGUGGAAUGA